UCUCACCACUGCCCACAUUGUGUGGAGAUUUUCCCAUUUCUAUCAAAGCUAAAAAUACACCUAAAAAUACACACAGGAGAGAAGCCUUACUCCUGCUCUGACUGUGGGGCGAGUUUCUCUCGACUGGAUACCUUAAAAACACACCAACGUAUACAUACUGGAGAGAAGCCUUACUACUGCCCUGACUGUGGGGAGAGAUUCUCUCAAAAGACCAACUUAAAAGCACACCAACAAAUACAUACAGGAGAGAAGCCUUACUCCUGCUCUGAAUGUGGAAAAGGUUUCUCCCGAUCAGAAAACUUAAAAUCACAUGAACGUAUACAUACAGGAGAGAAGCCUUACUCCUGCUCUGACUGUGGAAAAUGCUUCAAAACAUCAACUGGGCUAACAGUUCAUCAGAAAACACACACAGUAGAGAAGUCUUACUUCUGCUCUGACUGUGGAAAAUGCUUCAAAACAUCAUCUGAGCUAAAAGUUCAUCAGAGAACACAUACAGGAGAAAAGCCUUACUCCUGUUCUGACUGUGUAAAAUGCUUCAAAACAUCAUCUGAGCUAAAACUUCAUCAGCGAACACACACAGGAGAGAAGCCUUACUCCUGCUCUGACUGUGGGGCGAGUUUCUCUCGACUGGAUACCCUAAAAACACACCAACGUAUACAUACGGGAGAGAAGCCUUACUACUGCCCUGACUGUGGGGAGAGAUUCUCUCAAAAGACCAACUUAAAAACACACCAACAAAUACACACAGGAGAGAAGCCUUACUCCUGCUCUGAUUGUGGGAAGAGUUUCUCCCUAUCGGGUACCUUGAAAUCACAUGAACGUAUACAUACAGGAGAGAAGCCUUACUACUGCUCAGACUGUGGAAAAUGUUUCUCCCGAUCGGGUACCUUGAAAUCACAUGAACGUAUACAUACAGGAGAGAAGCCAUACUCCUGCUCUGAAUGUGUAAAAUGCUUCAAAACAUCGACUGAGCUAAAACUUCAUCAGAGAACACACACAGGAGAGAAGCAUUACUCCUGCUCUGACUGUGGAAAAUGCUUCAAAACAUCAACUGAGCUAAAACUUCAUCAGAGAACACACACAGGAGAGAAGCCUUACUUCUGCUCUGACUGUGGGAAGUGUUUCUCUCACCAUAGCAACUUAAAAACACACCAACGUAUACAUUAAGGAGAAAAACCUCAUCAGUUCUCUGACCAGCUAAGAAUAAAGUCACUCCAUCACUUAAUUCUCAUCUCAUAAAAGAAGUUGAAAUGGAUCAAAUGAAGAAAGUGUAAAAAACUGUGCAGAGGAAAGGGAGCGUUCUAGAAUGUUAGCCUCUGUUUACUGAUCAGUGUGCACCUUGUCAGUUUUAGUGUGUUUUGUUUUGUUAGCUUCUACUGUAAAUAUUUGCCCUUAGUGUUGAAUACCCUCUGUGAGGCUUCUCAUUUUGAAAACUAACACUAGUCUGCCAAUUGACUGGGUGGUACUGCUUCCCUCUCAGCCUGGUCUGACUCUGUCUGUGGGGAGAGUUUCAACUGGGCAGCUUAAAAACACACCAACGUUUACACGUAGGAGAGAAGCCUUACUCCUGCUCUGUGGAAGGGUGGGCGUGUAACUCAAACGUCUAGCCAAAGGAUGCGUCUUUGAAUCUCAUCACGGACGUCUUUAGCAUUUUAGCUAAUUAGCAACUUUGCAACUACUUACUACUUUUUAGCUAUUACUUAGCAUGUUAGCUUAG